AUGGCGGCUUAUCUCCCAUCCGAUUGUCUCUCAAACAUCUUUUCAUAUUUCGAUACAGAUGCAAAAUCAUUAUAUUCCUCUCUUUUAGUAAAUAGAACUUGGUGUUUAAAUGUUGUUCCUGUAUUGUGGAGAAGAACAUUUUAUUUGACUUCGCAUAGUAAUUUUUCAUCAAAAAAGAGAUGUCAAUUGGUUGCGACUUAUCUGACUUGCAUGGCCGUCAAUAAGAUAUCGAGCUCAAUAUUAGAUGGAGUAAUUCCCGAUGUUACACCUAUAUCAUCGACUGCGGUCGAAAAAAUUUCAAUAUCAACUUUUGAUUAUGCUGAAUUUUUGCGUGGAUUUGAUUAUUAUGACGUAUAUCAAGCCAUUGGAAGUUGGUACGCAUUUCAAACUUGUGAUAAGAAACAAUUGAUAAAGUUUGAUAAAUUCUCAAAGAAUGUAGGUGAUAGUGAAUGUUGUAAACUUAUACUCACUCGAGAACUUGUUAAGUAUAUUGUCUGUCGUUCACCAACAAUUGACUAUCUAGCUUUGGAUGCUGAACGGAUAAUUCCGUUUGAUUAUUGGUCAUUUUCCCGUUUUCCUGGUGCUCGAAAUUGUUUAUCUUACAUACGAACAUUUGUAUGUCGUGGAAGUGCAAGUAAACUAGACGUUUACACUUCACUUGCUCAAUGGUGUAAUAGCAUUGAAUCAAUAACACUUUAUGAAAUUGGUGAUGAUGACCCUAAAGCUGAAGCAUUAUCAAAUUUGAUUCAAGGUCAGCGUAAGCUUUGUAAAUUUAUUUUAUGGGGUGGAAUGAGUAGUCAAUUACCUCAUAUCAUUAAUUCCUUGGCUUUACAAGGCUUCGGGCUUAAAUAUCUGGAAUUUCGUUUUUGUAAUUUUGAUCACUGCACACCUCUUGAUACUCUCGCAAUGUCAUGUACAGAGAUAACUACACUUAAAUUUAUUCAAUGUGGUGACCUUAAAAGUGAUAUUACUCCAAAUUUGUUGAAUUCAAUAUUUCCAAAUCUUGAGGUCUUGGACCUACAAGGAACACAAAUCCCAACAGAAGCUUUGGAGACAAUUUUCAAAUGUGCAAAUAUUGAUCUACGAAAUAUUAAUAUAGAAAAAACUGAAAGUAUACAUUCUCGAAUAAUAGAAAGUAUAGCUAAUAAUUGUAAGAACGUUACAAAAAUCAAAGCACGGUUAACGAAAGAUAAAAUGUCUCAGCUUACUAAACUAUUUCAAUCAUGUAUUAACCUUGAAAGUUUAACAUUAUACGGUCCUUUACCCGAUCGGUUAUACAUCUUUACUCAAGAUGCAAGUGAUGAUCUAUUAAUUAAUUUUCGUAAAAUUGUUCCUGCUACAUUGAAAGAAUUGGCGUUAAAAACAGAUUGCGCUUUUACCGCAUCGGCUAUAGAAAUAUUUCUUAAAGAUUGCCACGCGGAUUUGAAUAGAUUGGAAUUUAUUUCCUAUGGAAGCGUAUGGCAGCAUUUGAAUGUUAUUAAGAAAUAUGCAAAAAGGCGAGGAUUGAAGAUAAAAGAACAAGUUGCAGGAAAUUAUAAUGAGUUAUUGAUGAGGGAAUUAGGUCAUAUUAUUGUAGAAUUUGAAAAUUUUGAAUAA